CUAGCUGGUUUGCCCAUGCCCAAAUUCAAGGCAAUGCAGAGUACUCUAAAAAUUACUCUGUUUUUCUUCUUCAUGGUUUCGUUGUUGUUGCAUGUUUCGCCAUGUCUUUCUUUCACUUCGUUCGUGUUUGGAGACUCCUUGGUUGAUGCUGGAAACAAUGACUAUCUUUUCACCCUCUCGAAGGCAGACUCCCCUCCUUACGGCAUCGACUUUACGCCUUCUGGUGGGCGACCCACCGGUAGAUUCACUAACGGUCGAACAAUCUCUGACAUUUUAGGUCAAGCUCUUGGGGCCAAGACAUUUCCACCUCCUUAUCUAUCCCCUGGCUCUGCAUCUAAUGCAAUUACGGUGGGAAUAAAUUAUGCUUCUGGAGCUUCAGGAAUCCUAGAUGAAACAGGAACCGUAUUUAUAGGCAGAAUCCCACUUGGAGCGCAAAUUGACUAUUUCCAGAAGAGUAGAAGCUACAUGGUGAGUGCAAUGGGAGAAAAUGGAACGAGGGAAUUCCUAAGGGAAGCUAUUUUGUCAAUUACCAUAGGAUCUAAUGAUGUUUUGAACUAUUUCCAACCCUCUGUUCCCUUUCUCGGGGAAGAAAACAAGGUUUCUGCUACCGCGUUCCAAGACUUGAUGGUUUCCAACUUCACCCUACAACUUAAGCGACUUUAUGGCUUGGGGGCUCGAAAAUUCGUGGUGGUAGGGGUUGGACCCCUUGGGUGCAUACCAUUUGUCCGUGCCCUCUUUCUUGUGCCUGGCGGGAAAUGUUCAGCUGAGGUCAACACCUUCGUUCAAGGUUACAACAAUAAGCUAAGAGCAGCUCUUGACCGUUUAAAUCGAGAAAUGGGACCCGAAGCUAUCUUCGUACACGCAAAUUCCUACGAUGUUUUCUCGAGGAUAUUACGAAAUUAUGCUCAGUUUGGAUUUGAGAAUGCUGAAGAUCCGUGUUGCGGAGGAUAUUUUCCGCCGUUUGUUUGCUUUCAGGGAAGCGACGCAAACACAAGCUCUUCUCUCUGUGAAGAUCGAUCAAAGUACCUGUUUUGGGAUGCAUAUCACCCCACAGAAGCUGCUAAUAUCAUCGUUUCUGAAAAUUUGCUGAAUGGUGGUCAAAGCGUUAGCUCUCCGAUCAACAUUCGCGAGCUUUAUCGCUCCAGUCCCUCGUGAACUUUGGGGCUAGAUAUAUGUUCAUUUAUGUUUUCUCUCCCGAUUGAUUAAUCAAUUGUGGUGUACGUAAAAUGGAGAUCAAAAUUUAAUAUUGUAAGUAAGGUAUUUCGUAUUAUUUU